AUGCCGCCGAAGCAAGUUGGCCGACCCCGGGGCCGCCCCGCCGCUAAGAAGCGCAAGCUGGAGGCAGCCAGCGACGAGCCCAAGCUGGUGAAGCGCGGCCCAGGUCGACCGCCCAAGCAGAAGAAGCCCGCGGUCGCUGCGGAGCCUGCGCCCGAGCCUGAGACCGAGCCGGAGGUGACGGUGGACCCGGAGACUGCGAGCUUCCUGCAGCUCCUGGAGGACGACGCACGAAGCCUGCCACCCUCUCCCCCGCCGCUCCCCAAGCGUCGCGGAUUCGCCAAGUCUCCGCCCGAGAAGCGCGUCGUGGAGUUCCAAUUGCCCUUCAAGGACGCGGAGAUCAAGAGCCUCGAGGAGCGCCAAUGGGUGCGCCGCCCGCCGCCCUUCGGCAGGAUCAGCCGCUGCGUCUACGUGUCCACGAAGAUGCCCGUGGCCGACUUCCCUGUACACAAGUGCACGUGCUACGAGGAGAUCCACAAGUCCACGACCAAGCGCACGACGAUGAUGGCGAGCGCCAAGGCUCAGAAGGAGCUCGAGACCAAUAGAGGACACGCUGAUGUGGAGAAACAUCACGAAGCGGAGGACGUGGUGUACUGCGGUGAAGGUUGCUACAACCGCAUGCUGUUCAUCAGUUGCUCAGAUGAAACGUGCUCUGCGCCGGACCUGAGCAUGUGCAGCAACCGAGCGAUCAAGAGGAGGGAACUCAAGUCGGUGAGAGUGGAGUAUAUUCCUGGACCCGGGUUUGGGCUCGUUGCCAACGAGAAGAUCAACGCUGGAGAGUUUAUCAUUGAAUACGUCGGCGAGGUGAUUGAUGACAUCGAGUGCGAACGCAGAAUGAUUCAGUACAGGGAUAACGGCGAGGUGAAUUUCUACAUGAUGGAGCUGGAGAAGAACAUUGUGAUUGACGCCAAGUACCGCAGCAACGACUCGCGUUUCAUCAACCACUGCUGUGAUCCCAACAGCGUCACGCAGAAGUGGAAUGUGGACGGCAUGCAGCGUAUUGGAAUUUUUGCGCGCCGCAAUAUUGCACCCGACGAGGAGAUCACCAUCGACUACAACUUCUCCCACUUCGGUGAAGCCGCCGAUUGCAAAUGUGGGUCUACGGCGUGCACAGGCAAGCUGGGCGUCAAGCGGUCAAAAUUACCCUCGUUUAAUCCUCGUGUGGUAGGCACCGCGAAGGCGAAAAAGCAGGUACUGGUGGACGAGACGCCGCCCGAGCUUAAGCGCCCCGUGCACUUGACCUCCCUGGCGCUGCUCAAAAGCUCACAGAUGGACGAGAGCUGGCUGGAUUACUAUGGACUCAAAUACUGCCGAUUGUUUCUCAGUCACCGACCGCGCCGGCAGAAAAAAGAGGACGAUAAAGAAGUUAACACCGGCGAAGUUCACCGUAGACUACCGUCAUGCAGCCCGGCCUCGGAGUGCUCCACAACGACCGAGGAGGAUGUUUCACUCACGCCGCCACAAGCAAUUGCUAAGAGCGAUCUCAUCGAAAAGCGACCACACCAAAAGAAUUGGUACGAAAAGGUCACAGCAGGGGAACACUUGCCCGAGAUGAGGGCACUACACAGCUACAUCUGCGGUGGCAAGUCAGACUGGUCGGCGGUCCUUCAGGUCGACCACUGCUCGGAGUCGGAAGUGGCGGCGAACUCUCCUUCGCCGCUAAAGAAGAGGGGACCGGGCCGUCCACCCAAGAAACGCAGUCGUCCGAGGAAUGGGGGGUCCAUGUUCGUUCCAUCUAAGCGUGCCCCCACCGGAGCGAAACUUAUCCGCACUAGGCUUGGUCUCUCCCAAGCACGAGCAAGAGGAAUCGCUGAGCUUGCGGCGUUUGCAAAUGGCAAGUCCAAGUGGAACAAGCGCAUCCCGUCGUCCAGCUCGAUCAACCCCGAUCGCAUCCAUCGCCUCAUCGAUCGCAUAAAGGGCAAGCAGAUGUACAUCAAAUCCGACCAGAAUGACCUGAACGAAGACGCUUGCUUCCGCUGCGGCCUAGCGGGCGAGCUCAUUUGCUGUGACGGUUGCCCUGCCGCCUUCCAUCUCAACUGCACCAACCUCGCCAUGGUGCCCCCUGAUGGCAUCCCAUGGUUCUGCUCGGAGUGCACCAACCCUCGACACCUUCAGAAGGCACCGAAGACGACCGACGCUGGCAUCGUCGCUGCUAAUGGCACAAGGAGCAGCAACCGCGCCAAGCUCACUGACUACGCUAGCCGACACCUGCGCACUCACGCGGCCCCGCAGGUCCCAAGCCUCAAAAAGAUCUUCCACUCCACCGUGCCUCACGCCAAGCGCCGCUACAAGAAGCGGCAUAAAGCCACGGACCGUUCCUACCGCGAGCUGGAGCACAUGCCGCUCCCCGUGUGGAACGAGAGCGACGAGAGCGGAGCCGAGCACGCGACCCAUUUGUCCAUUCGGGUGGUCGCGCCCACGCACAAUUUCCAUGAGCUGUUGAUAUGUACCUGCACACGACUGUCGACACUGUAG